AUGCCUCGUCCCAAAGUUCGCGCAGAAGAUCGCAGACGCGCUGUCAUAGCAUGCGUGCCUUGCCAAAACAGCAAGAAGAGAUGUGACUCGCAGACUCCAUGCGCCAAUUGCCGUCGGCGAGGCUACGUCUCCCAUUGUAUCUACGAUCCCGAGGCUGCCCGCCCGCGUCGCAAAACGCAACGUCGAGCGAUGAGCCGUAGCAGCGAUAUUACUGCCAGCGGCAACGAUGAUUGUUCCAGUCUCGAUUACAUUGUUUGUUCUGACGUGGCUUUGUCGAUUAAUGAAAGUGAUACGCCUGAGCCGGUACAGGCACCUCAGACGCCAGAGUCUACAGCAGGACAACAGUCGAAUGAGACCCCCGACACGGCGUUCACAUCUUGCAUGUCGAACGCGGGCGGUCAAGACAAGGGUUCGGACGGCGAAAACCUAUCCUUAAACGACUCCGCAUCACUCUCUUUCCUCGAUUUCUUACGUCACACGUUUCUCUGUUACAUGGGGCCAUCCCCGUUCACUGACAAAGAACGAGCCAAGGCUAUGCUGGAGUCAUCGUAUCCUCAAGCCUCACACGAUAUCGCAGAGGACAGCCCAGACAGCCAGCUUACCUUGGAAGAGAAACGAGAUUAUAUCCAGAGGUUCUUGGUAGCGACCACUGGCAUUAUAUAUAUCUACUCCCCUAAGCAACUUUCCGAGUUACUCGAGGAGACUGAAGGGGACGGAACCUCUGGUUCAUCCAAACCUUGUCAAAAACGCGCCAUCAUCGACUUGGUUAUUGCAGUCGGCGGACAAGGUUGCAGAACGAGCCCCAAGACUCUUUAUCACGCACAGAAGCAUUUUGAUCGUGGUCAAAAGGUAGCCUUUGAGGGUAUGCUACUAGACCCUACAGGUGAUCUGGUAGCUAUCUUUCUACUGAUGAGUAUCUACAUGGUGAAUGCGUGCAAGAGAGACGGGGCUUUUAUAUAUCUUGGUGUUGCUACGCGGGUGGCACAUGCGAUUGGUUUGCAUCUACCCGAGUCGUAUCGCAAUAUGACGCCAGAAACACACCGAUUCAGGCUUCAGGUAUGGAAAAGCCUGCGCAUCUUGGACAUCGCGUUUGGAGCAGUCCUUGCACAAACGCCUGCGUCAUCUCCGAGACGUGGAAUUAGCAACCCCUCAUUCUCAGUCCCAGAUGGCCCAGAACCGUGCACGCCGGAAUUCACGUCCAUGUCAGCAUGCUACGGAGUCUGCACCAUUCUAGAACAGAUUACGUAUCACCUCAACAACAAACAAGACACGAAUUUGACAUCAAUAAAAGAACUCCUUAGACAGCUCCGAGACUGGAGCUCAGCAUUGCCGUCGAGCAUGACGAAUUGCACAGUCAGCUCACCCAUGUCUCCAGAGCAGUGGUGGCAGACUUUGGGCAACUUUGCUGUCUCGGCCUUUUAUUAUUAUGCCGUCAUGUUGGCCACUAGACCAAUCUUGAUACAGUAUAUGCUGGGUAAAUUAAAACGCCUAGAGCGGUCAGAUGGUGCAUUUGGGUCGCAUCAUGCAAGUGAUAGAGAGACGAAGGAGUUGGCACAGGUCUGCAUUGAUGCGGCUAUCUUGCUGGUAGAGACAACGCGGAGAACAGGGUCUGCCGGUCUGCUCAUACAGAACAUGACGCUACUCAAAGCUUGGAUCUUUAGCGCCUGCCUCAUCAUGGCCUUUUCCCUCUUCGUAGAGGCCACGUUAUCCGAAAGAUCAACAACCUUCGAGACAGAGGCAGCACUACACAGCGGCAUUGGAAUUAUCCGGGAUCUAGAUCGUACAAGUCCCCAAGCCCAUCGUUACCUUGAUGUCCUGACAGAGCUUCGCAACGCACUACAGAGCUACCGCGAGCGUCUCAUUCCACCUCGGAGGAAGAGUAGCGGACAGUUCCUGAGCCAGAUCUUUACACUUGACCAGGAGAAGAGCACACCGGCAGCGUCGGACCAUGAAAUGACAGGACUGGCCUCUGCGGUUGUACCGCCUGAGCUUGGUGACGAAUCAUCGGGAGGGUUGUUGAUGCUGCAGCAGGUAACGGAAGCGACGCAGAACAUGAACAUUAUGUGGCGUAUACCAGAUGAAAGUCAGGCAUUUGUUGAUGAAUGUCUGCCCUUGGCAAUAGGUGGAUUGGAUGUACACUGGAAUGGGAUAUCGGUCCAGGGAACGGAUAACUUCCUGUUCGAUACAGAGCCAUUUACAGAGAUGCUGAGCCAUUUCUAA